AUGGGAACUCGAGGCCUCGAGAUAGUGCGCUUUCGCAGGCGCUACUACAUCCGGUACCACCAGUACGACAGCUACUUCGAGGGUCUUGGCGCCAAAAUCGUCGCAAGCAUUCCUCCCGACCCCCAAGCGUACCAAGAAUGGCUCAAGCGGAUGCGGGCGGAGUACACAGCCAGGGAACGCGACCUCGAGCAACAUGUCUACGAGAUCCGGGACGGGUCCAGUCCCGACUAUUCGCAGUUUGACGAGUUCGAGUCGUUACCGUCGGAGUUGCCCCGGCUAGACGACAGUGGCGCCGAAUUUUUCUAUAUCAUCGACCUGGACCGUGAGAUUCUCACAAUGAACUUCAGCAUUCAUUGGCGGCUAGGAAACAUCCCGCGCCAGGACAACCUGUGGCUCCGCGCGAUUGCAAAGAGCGUCUAUCGGUAUAAGCCCACCAUCUCUCUCGAUAUUUGCCCGGAAGAGCAUAUGGCCUCCCCGGCUUUGGAGCUUCCCAAACGGAACCAAGAGAUCGGUUACGACUUCCACGUCGUAUCUCCAAGGACAGACAUCGGAGAUGCGCGAAAGGCGUUCCUUACAUACGUUUUGGCCAGGACGCUUAUCGAGUACCAAAACGAGAUCAUUCGAUUUGGGAGGGAGUGGAGCCCGGACUCGUUUCCUUUCCGCGAGCUCACCUUUGCCCUCGUCUCGAUUGCCUCCAGCCAAGCUACAUUUCACUCCUUCCCUGCACAGCCAUGCAACCCUCGAACUUGCUACCGGUGGAACUGCCAGUCGAACCACCUCCCAAAGUCCCCAGGAUGGCUUAGCGAAGAGUGGGUUGGCCAUAACGCUCCGUUGCUGGAGUUUGGUUCCAUGUCGCAUCGACCGGGCGAGCCUCCAGGAGCGUCGCCCACAAAGACGAUGUACUGGCUCGAGGGCGUGCUUGUCAGCCUUACACUAGUGGUUGACGGCGAGGCAAUUACCAACGCCGUUAGUUGGGGCAUCGAACAGGGACAGACCAACUUUCAGGUGGUCGUUCUGUCGCUCUUCGAAGUGGCUUUUGCGGAAGUGUCCUUUGACGACGACGAAGACGAGCCAUUCGUUACAGUCAGUGAAGCCAUUUACCUCUCGCCUCUGCGCGCUGAGUAUUGUGUGAGCACACAUCCACGAGAGCGGCCAGAGCUGAAGCCCGGGAUGGAGAUCAAGCAUGAGUACGGUCAGCUUAUCAUGCGGUCCAACUGCACGGGAACCGCGCGAAGACUAAGACGCCACUUCUCCGGACUCGCGUCGCUCGUCAACUUCUUCGAGGUUGCCGCGAGCCGCCGUGCAGCAUCCAAGUCAGCGGGCAUUCUUCCUCCAGAACUAUACCACCGGAUUCUGGAUUUCGUGGACUAUGAUACCUGGAAGACUUGCUUGGUCGUGUCGCGAGAGUUCCGCGCCUAUUGCCUGUGCAAGUACAGGUUAGACGAUCGCAUAAGGAUUGUGGGCGGUCCCUUUGUGAGGCUUCGAAACCACAAGGAACGGCUGCUGUCGUUCGACUUUGAAGACAUGCAAACGGGCGACAUCCUUCCGAUGAUUCAGGCACCCAGAAAUCACCUUUGGACGAACGAGUGUAACUGGAUGCCAGUUAUCGGCAGCAACCGGAAGGCGCUCAUGGUGGACACGGUAGUCGAGUUUGAGCCAGCGGGAGAUGUGCCAGUGGAGGCAGAUAGCGAAGAUGAUGAGUAA